AUGAUACGCGAUUUCGGCCCCAUCAUUGCAGAGGAUGACCUUGAGGGUCGGACGAAAGCCAUGAUCUACAAUGAGUACGUUAAGUCGCAUGCAGGUCAGACCAGACAGUACGGCUGUCUACUCGUCUGCUUUGGUGUCGUGGCCUUGCUCGGCUGGAGGUCACAAAGACGCGUCAAUGCAGUCACGU